UGUAUAUUUCUUGCCACUUGCAUCAUCCUCUUCUCUUUGUGACCAUAGUCUCCAGAACACGUAUCAAUUAAGAGUCGUUCUCAUCACUGACACUAUUUGAUGCAUCGUCAUGAUCAUGUCUCCGGUGAUUAGCGAAGCACUCUUAUCCGGUUACACCACAAACUCCGCCACCCUACGCCGCCGCACCCACUUGGUUCAAUCUUUCUCGACUGUAUUUCGAUUUAUGAUCAACAUGGCAGCUUGUGGUGUGACAAAAUUUACCGAGUCAACUCAAACCCUUGUGUUGGUUUCUAAUGAUAAUCAUGAUUCAGUCUCGAAGAAGCAAAAAAGAACCAUAUCGAACAGGGAAUCUGCUAGGAAAUCGAGGAUACGCAAGAAGAAACACAUGGAUGAUCUUGUACGACAAGUGAGUCAACUCGUGAGUGAUAACAAAUGCAUGGCCAUCAACUUGAAAGAUACAACUCAGAUGUUCAUCAAGAUGGACUCCGACAAUUCGGUUCUUAAAGCUCAAUUGGCUGAGUUGACUCACCAAUUCGAGUCACUCAAUGAGAUUAGUAAUGGAUUCAACUUACUCAUGAAUGAUGACCAUGAAAAUGAAGCAUGGUGCGGAUGGUGAGGUCUUCAUUGCAAUUACAUGAUGCAUGAAAAUCAUCAUUUUCUGGUUGACAUGUUCUUGAAUUAAUAAAUCUUAAAAAUAGCUCUUUAAACAACGUACUUAUGCUGUUGGUGUACAUUAUCCAAAUAUUUAUGAUUCAAGAGCGUCAC